AUGGGCGCGAAGUACAAGAUCAUUCACCGCGACGUGAAGAGCACAAACAUCUUAUUCGACGAGAAAUCGGUGGCUAAGGUUUCGGAUUUCGGGCUUUCGAAAAUGGGCUCCACAACCGUGUCCAAAACCCAUAUCAACAUGGUGGUGAAGGGUAGUUUCAAGUAUUUUGACCCAGAAUACUAUUGUCAUCAACAGCUGACAGAGAAGAUGCAAAUGACUUUGAUCCGUAAGGUGGAGAAGAUGCAAAUGAGCUUGGCUGAGUGGACCAAAAUCUGUCAUCGGAAUGGGAAAAUUGAUCAGAUCAUUGAUCCGAGCUUGAGGGGUAAGAUUGGAAAUGCUUGUUUGAAUAAGUAUGUUGAGAUCGCAGUGAGCGACCUCCAAGAUAAUGGGACUGAACGGUCUUCGAUGAACGAUGUGGUGUGGGGGCUUGAGUUUGCAUUGCAGCUUCAUCAACAAGGCAAAUGA